AUGUCGAAAGCUCACCCUCCGGAAUUAAAAAAGUUCAUGGAUAAGAAACUGGCUAUAAAACUGAAUGCCGGUAGAUCAGUUACAGGAGUUCUUCGUGGUUUCGAUCCAUUUAUGAAUCUCGUAUUGGACGAAUCGGUAGAAGAAUGUAAAGAUGGCCAAAGGAAUAGCAUCGGCAUGGUGGUGAUCCGAGGAAACAGCAUAGUGAUGUUAGAGUCAUUGGAUAGAAUAUAG